AUGAGUUCCUAUUUUGUUAAUCCCCUUUUUUCCAAAUACAAAGGCAGCGAAUCAUUGGAGCCAACUUACUACGACUGCAGGUUUCCACAAAGCGUUGCCCGGAGCCACACGCUGGUGUACGGACCCGGAGCAGCCGCACCGGGCUUCCAGCACCCAUCGCAUCAUGUGCAAGACUUUUUCCAUCACGGAACCACGGGAAUCUCCAACCCAGGAUACCAGCAGAACCCGUGCGCCCUCGCUUGCCAUGGAGACGCAACGAAAUUUUAUGGAUACGAAACCCUUCCGAGGCAAACGCUUUAUGGUACCCAGCAAGACGCAAGCCUCGCGCAAUACCCAGACUGUAAAUCGUCGAGCAGCUCUAACCCCGGAGAAGGACAGGGCCACUUAAAUCAAAACUCCUCUCCCAGUCUAAUGUUUCCUUGGAUGAGACCCCACGCCCCAGGUAGACGAAACGGAAGGCAGACCUACAGCCGCUACCAAACUCUGGAACUGGAAAAAGAGUUUCUCUUCAACCCUUACCUAACACGCAAGCGUCGCAUCGAAGUGUCCCACGCCCUGAGCCUCACUGAGCGCCAGGUGAAGAUCUGGUUUCAGAACCGAAGAAUGAAGUGGAAAAAGGAGAAUAACAAAGACAAAUUUCCGGGUCAAAGAGGAGACGCCGAAGCCGAGGCAGAAGAAGAGGCCAACGAGGACGGUGAAGGGGACGAGGCUGAAGAAAAAGAAGCGGAAGAGAAAGAGGAGACCAAGGAGUGAUUUUAUGGUGUUUUAUUGUUAUAUGGCCGAAAUAGAGAAAAAGAAGUCCCAUAAACCGACAAUGAGCUAGAAGUAGUGUGAGAGCUCUAACUUUAUGACCACCAUUUGAUUUAGUAAAGUGGGAACCACUGUUAUAACGUGCAUAGAGAGCAAAUUUCGUUCCUCUUAACAGAUAUCCUGACAUACCUUGCCGACUUCCAUUCGCACACUUGUGGCUGCAUUCGAUAGAAGUAAGGUCCUCGCCUCAAAGGUUAAUUGGCACGCACGUUUAAAAUGGGAAAUGGCUUGGCAACUUCAUCAUAUUUACAUUUAAUAUCCUCAUUAAAAGCAUAGCCACAACAUGAUGAAGAUAUGACCAAUGUUCAUCCGUGUUUGUAUAUAAAUAUAUAGCCCAUUCACAAAAGAAGGACGUCAUAGGCCUAUAUAGUCAGUAAACAGUUGCCUUGCAGCGUUUAAAGCAAAUUGUGGGCUUUACUUUGUGAUAAAUCUUCAACGUCAUUCGAGCAUUGGCAGUUUAUCCAUUGACCACUAGGUCUUUGUAUAAUCUACAAACAUUUCUUAGUACUAUUAUUAAUAUUAUUUGUAUUAUUAUUGAGUCUCAUUUUUAAGUGAGUGGCCUAGACAAAGAUAGCCAUUAGUUCCUCAGAUGUCUUUUCUAGGAUAACCAGGGAAAUGCAAUCGUUUGAAAACCUUUGAUGCUACCUAAACCUGGGGAAAUUGCAAUAGAGAUUUCUGAAUAUAGAGAUUUCAUAUGGUUUAAUUUUAAAGUGUUAUAUAUGACCUUGUAUUACUAAGUUAUAUAUGUAUGUAGUACUUAUCCGAUACACCUGUUGAUGACAAUUUCUAUGUCUUUGGAAGACAAUUAGCUCAAAGCCAAGCAAAGCGUUUGGAGAACCGGUACCGCGGCACUACCUAAUAACAGAGCUUUGCUUUUUCAGAAGUUUAUGCAUUGCUCUGUUUUGAUCAAACCCUUUCCCCCCCAACAACUAAGACUGCCUAAACGCACACAAAUGUGUACCUAUAAUGAUACUGCUACAAAUACAACAAUUUUAAAAUAAGGACAUUUAUUUUAAUGUGCUGGUGAUAUAGCGUAGUUGUUUUGCACUGAAUAUAAUCCACAUGUACGUCUUGUUAUAUAUUGUUGUUAAAAGUAUGCUCGUUUUUGGUGUUUCCUGUGAAAAACAGAAUAGUGUGUCCUCGCCAUUGCUGUUGAUGUAAAAGUCACAAAUAAACAAUAUGGUUCACA